AUGGCGUCAGCCGAGUUUUUAGAGCAAGCUUUGUCUACAGACGUUGAUGAGAACGCAGUGAACGCGAUUGUGGGCUCCCUUGAAAAUCAGCUAGUUACAUCUGUUUCGGCCCCGUCUUCACAUAGUAAUAUUUUAAACGGUGUUCAAAGUCAGCUUUCUAAUAUAGUAUCGGGAGGAAAUUCUAUUAUCGGUGUACAAAAAUAUAACACGGACCAAAUCAGUGGCAGUGGUGUAGUGACUGGAAUUCAAUCUGCGAUUGUAAACAGCAGUGGCUCGUACAACAAUGUGCAAUGUGUCCCGUCUUCAUACGUGUCUCAAACGCUAACGUCUAAUUCGGGGGAAUCGUUGAAAGUGAUAUAUUCGCAGACUCAGGGUUUGUGUAACCCCAGCAACCGUGUGACGUUUCCCGCUCAGUCUAUCGCCAACGGUUGUAUAUUGGCAUCUGGUCAGGCGCAGCUGGUCCAGUCAGUAAACAAGGGUGUUGCUAUGCAGCCACCUUUAGUGAUUAAGCCAGGGUCGUCGGGCGGUCAAGUCAGUAUGCAGCCUGGAAUGGUAACAGUCCCCAUGUCUGUCAACUCCAGCAUGCCUGGCGCGAUCUCCAACGUGAUGACAUUAAACAAGCCAGGAGGGCAGAAUGUCGUAGUGACAACCCAGAAUCUGGGAUCAGCUCAGCCCACCAUCAUGCCUAAUGUGCAGAUACUGAAUAUGAGGCCUGGUGCCCCUAAUGUAGCAGCUCAAAAGUCUGUGGCAACAGUGUCACCGCGUGUGGUGAUUGGUGCUCCGCAAGUGGUUGGUGCGAGGGCCGCUGCUCCUGGUAUAACGCUGCAAACCCUGCAAAGUCUACAACCGGGGCAGCAGGGUCAUUUGUUGUUAAAGACUGAGACGGGUCAGUACCAGCUUCUGAGGGUGGGCCCAGCGCCCGCGCCCAACUCGCUCGCGGCGCCGCAGGCUCAGACCAUCCGGCUGUCGACCGUGCCGGCACACCCGGGCGUAGCGACGGUGUCGACGAGCAUGGCGCAGCCGGGGCCGAUGCCGCAGAUGCCGCAGGGGCCGGUGGCGACGCCCGUCGUGGCCCCUGCGCCCGUCAACGUGGCAGGCGCCGCGCCGCAGCCGCCUACCGUCACCACACAAAAACCAAACGAUAACACCAAGGAGAAGUGCAGGAACUUUCUCGCGAACCUGCUGGAUUUGUCGAGCAAGGAGCCCAAGUCGGUAGAGGAGAACGUGCGAAAUCUCAUCCAGGAGCUGAUCGACGCUCAAGUGGAGCCCGAGAAGUUCUGCGACAGACUCGAAAGACUGCUCAAUGCUAGUCCACAGCCGUGCCUCAUCGGCUUCCUAAAGAGGAGUCUACCACUACUGAGACAAUCCUUAGUCACAAAAGAAUUGGUGAUUGAGGGGAUCAAUCCACCGCCAGCUCACGUGGCGUUCUCCACGAUCCCUUCCCUGCCUACGCCACCGCAGCCGGUCCUUGCAACGCCCAACGUCAUGCAACAAAAGCCCGCGUCAAAGCCGGGGAGUUCGAUCGCGGUCCUUCAAAACAUCCCAGUGCAGACGAAAAUCAACGUCGGCAAAGUCGGCAAGUCCAUGACCGUCAACAGCAAGGCAAACUUCGCGCGCUCCGGGGUCCCGUCCGCUGCCCUCUCCACUGUCCUCACUCCUGGGAAAUCCCUUCUCAAGGACAAGGAAAAGAAAAUGCAGUAUUCUUCGCAGCCUUUCGCCGACGACAAGAUGGCCGGCGAUGACGACAUCAACGACGUGGCUGCGAUGGGAGGGGUCAACUUGGCCGAGGAAUCGCAAAGGAUUCUGGGCUCCACGGAGCUCAUCGGCACCCAGAUUAGGUCGUGCAAGGACGAGUACCUGGUGCCGACGGGCCCGCUGCACGCGCGGCUUCGGGCGGCGGCGGCGCGGCACGGGCUGGACGAGCCGGCGUUGGAGCUGGCCGGGCUGCUGAGCCACGCCGUGCACGAGCGCCUCAAGAACUUGGCGGAAAAACUCGCCGUCAUCGCGCAGCACAGGAUCGAUCUCUACAUCAAGUCUGAUUCCCGGUACGAAGUGACUCAGGACGUGAAAGGGCAACUCAAGUUCCUUGAGGAGUUGGACCGCGUGGACAAGAAACGACGAGAGGAUUCUGAAAGGGAGAUCCUCCUUCGCGCUGCCAAGUCCCGCUCCAAGAACGAGGAUCCCGAGCAGGCUAAGCUGAAGGCAAAGGCUAAGGAGAUGCAGCGAGCAGAACUUGAAGAGCUUCGGCAGCGCGAGGCGAAUCUGACGGCGCUGCAGGCCAUCGGGCCUCGCAAGAAGCCCCGCCUGGACGGCCCCGGGGGCGCCGGCGACUCCGGUACCAGUGCGCACGGCAGCGGAGGCAUCACGGGCCGAAGCCAGCUCGCGCUGCGGACUCGCCUCAAGCGCAUCAACCACCGCGACAUGAUAUUCCUGCUGGAACAGGAGAGGGACACCGCCCACUCGACCAUGCUGUACCGCAGCUACCUCAAGUGAGGCCCGGCAGCGCGGGCCACGCGGCACCCGGCCAAGGGCGGCAAGCCUAAGUGAUUGAACACGUGCUAUAACUGUGAAAAGUGAUCUAAGUAACCAAUUAAACAUUGUGAUUGAACAGAAUGUGAGUAAGUGAACAGGAUUUCAUGAAAUAUUUAUGUAGAGAACAGAUUGUAUAUUAUAUAUAUUUUUCAAUAUUUUAGUUAUUUAGGAAAUAUGUACACAAUAGGCAGUGUUAUUGUAUAUAAAUAAUAAUAUUUUUCAAUAUUAUAGUUGUAUUUAGCAAAUAUACAAUAGACAGUGUGUUUUGUAUCAAAAGUAAUUUUUGGGCACCAUAUACUUAUCCUAGCUCAGGCUAGAAAAUGAUUAGUUAAAUCAUGUAGAAGAACGGAUAAUAUUUUUAUCUCCAAUUACAAGUAUACAUACAAAUCCUGCUAUUAUAAUAUAAACUAUAAAUAUUCAUAUAUGGUAGGUAAGUAUAGCUGCAUUAACUGAUGUGCAAUAUCAUAAGUGAUUAUUAGCUUAUUAUAAAGUUGAAGCACGACUAAAUGCAACAAAAAAUUUGGAAAUCUUAAACUAAAAACAUGAUUAAAAAUAACAUAAAAUUAGGAAAAAAAAAAUAUCUAGAAUAACUAGAUAUGUAUAUAAAUCAGUAUUUUAUAAGACAUACAUUGUUAUUGUAUUGCCUAUGUACAUUGUACAUAUCGUGUAGUUGUAUGUGUAAAUAAUUGUUUUUCUCUACUAGCUUAGGACUGUGUCCUUUUUUUGGUAAGUGAUGUUAAAAAUCAAUUCCAUGUUAGGUAUUGUUUUGAUAAAGGACAAUGUUCGUUCUCCAUACAUUGUUCGCCUAAAGAACCAACAAUUUUGACAUAUUACUACCCGAAAGCGAAAUAAUACGAUUCUGUGUGUAAGAACAAUGAUUCCUGAUGGACACUUGCCAUAAAAUUAAUGAUUAAGAAUAUUAAAUCACAGCGAUUUUAUAAUAUGUCGUUUAUGACAACAUGGCGUCUAAUGUAUUGUGUGAAUGUAUGAACACCGAUUCGCGAAAAAUGUUUUGUAUUGUCGUCACGCCGAGUCGCAGCCAAAUAGUAUAAAAUAAUAGAACAAGUUUUAGAAAUACAACUCGGCAUUCCACUUUUACAAUAUGCCCACAUAUUGCACGUAAAUAAACAACAUGAAUCGUAGGUUGUUUCCACCCUUGUCAUCUGACACAUGAAAUAAACUCCUAUUGUAUUAUAGAUAUCGAAGCCGAAUCGUAUAUAAUAAUAG